AUGCCUUCCGGAGUGCCAUGGUCGUUGGUGCUGGAUUUCGCAGGCGUGAUUUUUGAGCUUGACUUGAUAUGGGACUGGUCCGAGGUGGAGGACCUGGAUGCACACAUGCAGCUGGUGCAGCGUUGCGAGGCUUCCUGCCAUCGACUUGUUUGCGCUGGCACGAUGUCCAGUUUCGAAAUCAUGCCUCUCAGAGAACAUCCCUGUGCAAGAGCCGGCUUCCAACUGACAGCUCGUAAAUGGUGCCCUCGGCUGACGCGAUCGCUCCUCUUCUUGAAUAGAAAGCUUUCUCUCGACCUGACGGCGAUGUCCGGCCAGAAGAUCGUGUUCCCGUUCUUGGUGCCGCUAGGACGUGAGGCCGCUUGGUGGGUCCACUACGAAGGCAAAUGUUUUGCUAUGGUGCACAUCGAAGAUUACAUGGAUGUGUGUUGGCACGGUCUCGGUGCACCGCCCGUCGUUGGCAAAAAGGAACGAAAACGCCGAUUCGAGAGGUGCUCUGGACUUGCUCCUCUUCAUGUAGAGGAAUCCGACGAGGAAUCGCUCUUUGACAUUGACCUGGGCAACUUGUACUGA